UGGUCACGGUUGACUGUUACAACACUUAAUCAAGAAAACUGCAAGAUGGCGGAUAUAGAAAAAGUACAUGAUUACACGCAUUAUCUUGUUCUACCUUUGAAAAUGGUUGGUUGUUGGCAAUGGUAUCCGAGAGCAACAAAAGAGUAUCAGAUUAUCAUCAACGAUGUAUACUUGUGCAUGGUGUUAUUUGUACUGAUUAACAUGAUUAUAGCCUUGACUGUGAAUUUGUACACUGAGUGGACUGCAAUUAUGGAAAACCUAGUCAAAAUCGCCGACGGCCUGCCUCUGAUAGUAUCUGUGCUCAUCGUGGUUUAUUUAGCUAUUUAUAAAAACGAGAUGUACGAGCUAUUAGACUUUUUGAACAAGGAAUUUGUAUUUCACUCAGCGAAAGGAUUGACUAAUACUACGAUGUAUCAGAGUUACGCGAAGGCGAAGAACUUCGCUUAUUUUUAUACUGCUUGCACUUUGUUCAGUGUUAUUAUGUAUAUUACUUUACCCGUUUUUGUGCAUUUAUGGACGAAGAUGCCAAUCCAACAAUGGAUCUACAUGGAUGUCACAAGAGGCCCUACGUACGUCAUCGUGUUCCUAUUUCAUACUGUCGGUCAAGCUUUUAUUGGUUUGGCAUUUGGGCAGUUUGGAGUAUUCUUUGUAGCGAACGCAAUUCUCAUCUGCGGGCAGCUAGAUUUACUCUGUUGCUGUCUACGCAAUGUGCGCUAUACCGCAUUGCUGCAGCACGGUGUGCCCCAUGCCGCAUUGGCUGCGGCGUACAAGGACAUAUUAAAGGACGAGCAGCAUAAUUAUAUCUAUAACAAAGCUGAGAUGACUGAAUCUGCAUAUCAUUUCGAUCGGCAGAUGGUAUGUUAUUGAGAACACAAUAUUCUUUUUUUCUUUGAUUCUUGAUCGCGUCUUGAUAUUAACAGUGAAGAGUUCGACGAGGCAACAUCCUUCGCCCUACGAGACUGUGCGAGGAUCUAUCGUACCAUCAACGCUUACAAAGAUCGCUUCGAGCGGUUUGUAUCGCCGCUGCUCGUGUUGCGCGUGAUUCAAGUCACCUUGUACUUGUGUACGCUGCUGUAUGCUGUAUCCUUGAAAUUCGAUAUGGCAACUGUGGAGUAUUUAGGCGCUGUCAUUUUGGACAUGUUCAUCUACUGCUACUUCGGACAUCAGAUUACUUUACAGGCGGACCGCGUGUCAAAAGCAGUAUACCAAAGCCCGUGGCACACGAUGGGUGUGAAACCGAGGCGGCUACUUCUAAAUGUCUUGCUUUCGAAUAAGCGGCCAGUCGUCGUACGCGCUGGCUCCUACUUACGUAUGGAUCUGCAUACCUACAUUCUUAUUAUCAAAACAUCAUUUUCAUACUACACGCUGUUGGUUAAUGUUAACGAGAAGAAACAUGAAAAUUAGUCAAGGUUUAAUACCUAUCAAUUCUUGUCGUUGAAAUACACUCCGC